UAAAAAUGUAGCUGCAAGCCUGGGAAGUCCUGACUGGAGCUCUUUGUGCCUCCUCCGCCCACGGCUGCUCCAAGUGACAGCUCCUGCUGGGAAGAUGCACUGGUGGAAAGUGAUGGCAGCCCUUCUGCUCUGCUCACUGCUGCUCAGCCAGAGCCACGGCGUGUCCCUGUCCCUGUCCCCGUCCCUGCAGCAGCCCCGCAGCCCCCGGCAGCGGCGCAUGACGCCCUUCUGGAGAGGAGUGUCCCUGAGACCCAUCGGAGCCUCGUGCAGGGACAACAGCGAGUGCCUCACCAUGCUCUGCAGGAAAAACCGCUGCCUCCUGUCCACGGCCUCGGCGUGAGCUGGCACCAAGCACAGCCUGCACUGUUACUGCUGACCAUGCUCCACACACUUGGGAUGUAUUUAUUGACUGCUCAGGAGCUGCAAGGGCCUGGAGCAAUCAGAGUAUUUAAUAUUUCUGUCACAUGUGCUGAUAAAAGGACUUCAAGGAGCUCGAGAGCAUCUCCUCCCACAGCCAUGCCUCAGGAGGCCUCUGGCCAAGCUCAAUAAAAGGGCUCUGCAUCUCCUGCUCGUUUGGUUUUUUUGUAAUGCUUUCUAUUAUUUAUUUGAAGGUGUGAAUUAAAGUAUAUGUUCAGCAAAGCAGCUUGGUUUUCCUUGUAUCUUGAGCAAAGGGUUGAGCUGGGGCUCAGUUCCAGCCAG